GACACGUGAAAGCGAUCGUACAAAAUUUCAUGAGUCUUUUCGAGGUCACACAUAUGUAAGCACAGACAUACAUACAUAUGAGGUCGAGAUAAACAUUUACGAUUUAAGUAUAAAAUUGGGCUACAGUGGAUUAUGAGGAAUAAAAAAAGGUUGAUAAAAAAAUGAGGGAAAGAAUAUAGAAUGUGAAAGAUCAGAAGGAAAGAACAAAAAAAAAGAAAACACGAGGUCGAUGUAUAUCAAGAAGUGGGUCAAAGGGUCACAACUCAGAUAAUUAAUUUCUCAUGGAAGAAAGCGAUUUCCCUCUCGUUUAGUUGUACCAUUACCGAUCGGAUCAUAACUGGAAGUUGUGAUUCGAAAUGAAAACGUCUUUUCCUAUGAAAAUGUGUACGAGAAAGAGAGAAAGAAUAUGCAGGAUGAGAAACUGGGGAAAUAGAAAGAUGAACGACCGAUAGAAAUUCAUACGAAUUCUUCAAAUUGCGAAUUAUGAUUAUGUCAUAGAUAUAUAAAAUAAUUCCGUUUUAGAAAUAAUACAACUGCUAUCCAGUGAUCAUUCGAAAUUGCAGAUUCAAAGAAUCUGAUGUAAAAGCGUUGAAUGUAUUGGAAUUUUUAACCACGUUGUUUGCAUUUUGCCCAAUAUCUUAGUAAUCAUAUUCGAAUUUUAGAUGGGUCAUACGUAUAUCGUAUGCGAGACGAAACCAAAAGAACGGGUCCACUUGUCCAUUUACCAUGUUCACUUGUCCACUUGUAAUAGGUAUUCAUAAAACGUUUUUACAUAAGGCAUUGCGGUAUUAAAUUCUUUCGAAAUCAUUGAAGACCCUGAGCAAAUAACGAGAGAUUCGUUAUGUAAACUGUCUAUGAAUGCUUCGCCGAAAAAGAAAUUUUUUUAAUUAUUGUACGUCGAAAUCCUCUAAGUAAUUACAUUAAUUAUUGCAAAAAGAAAUAUUUUCUAUAAUAUAUCGAUACAAUCGAAAAUCGUUUGUCUGUUAAAAUUAAUCACGAUUUUGUAUAGACUACAAGAGUGAUCACAAUGAUCGAUAUACCAAGUUUCAUAGAUAUUGUAAUGGAAUAUUGGGUAUACGGAGUCUAGGUCUAGGACGUAACUUGUAACUUGUAUUUCACUAUAGUCGACGAAGCAGACUAAAUUUCACAAUUCUUAUAUUCACCAAAUCUCGCGUAGGUAUAUCUCUUAAUAGAGAUUCGAGGGCCAAUCUUUUACACGUAGACCACUGGAAUAACGGUCGAACAAAGUGAGAAAGAGAGAGAGAGAGAGAGAGAGAGAGAUAGAGAGAGAGAGAGAAAGAGAGAGAGAGAGAGAAGUAUCGAGGAGAAGGAGAGAAAGAAGAUGACUAGAGAAUCGUCUCACCGUUGAAUUACUCUCACCCGAGAGGCCCCAUCGCUUCUUCGUGGGGGCCCCACAUAUCCCCCUGCUUCUCCUGGGAGUAUAAAGGACCCUGUUCUACCAUCCACGAAGUCACAGAACCGAGCGGCAUCGUAGAAGCCGGCAUGAAUCCCUUGAUCGCGUGUAUAGUUAUCGGUUUGGCAGGGUUCGCCCUAGCCGAACCACCGAUCUCUUCCGGCUAUAGUUACAGUAGACCAAGUGGAAGUGGUGGUGGCGGCGGCUACUCUCUAGGUGGAGGAGGCGGUUAUUCGAGUGGUGGAGGUGGUGGAUACACUCAGGUAUCCACUGGCUACCAAACGAACGAAGGUGCUUCUGUUGACGGAGCCCUUCUCGAACAAAUCCGUCAGAUCCUUCUCAAGGAAGAACUCCAAGCCCAACAGACUGGAGGAUUCGGUGGUGGAGGAUAUGCACCCAGUUCGAGUUACGGUGCUCCAUCAUCACAAUAUGGAGUACCAAGUUCUAGCUACGGUGUACCCAGUUACCAAACUCGCGUCGUAGGCAUUGAUCUCGAAGGUAUUAGGCAAGCCAUUCAGGUAGCUCAAUUUAAUCAAGUUACACAUGGCGGUGGAUAUCCAAGUGGUCCUAGUGGAACUUAUGGAGUACCCAGCAGGCCAAGCGGCAGCUACGGUGCACCUUUCUAAAGCGGUCGUCGCCAAUAAAAAAGGAAGAGAGAGAGGUGAAAUAUAAAGCAGGAAAACAAAAGCGACUAUCUUUCGAGUUAAUAAUUUAAGAAUGAACAUAACGUCGUCUAUCAACAUCUUGAAGAUACACCAUUCAAUGAUAAUGAUAUUCAAAAGACUAAAAAAAAUUUGAAGAAGAAAGGAAAAAGAAAAGAUCUCGCAAAAUCGUUGACUAACGAAGAUUUCCAGGGGAAGCCUUCAUUCUAGAAUGCUCGAAAGAUCGUCGUGCGAAAGAAAGCUCGGUCGUCAUUAAUAUAUAGAAGAAAUAAUCGUCUUAGGAAGAUCAAGGAUCUUAUCGUUAUCAUCAUCGAACAACUAUCCGCGAGGAUUACGUUAUACCGCGCAUGCAACAUUUUUGACUUAGGUAAAAAUGAAAUAGAGAUCGUAUGUAUAUAUGUAUGUCGUCAAUACAAAAUAGAAUUUCAAAAAUACGAUAUAUAGUAGUAGUUAGUAGAGUAUAUAGAAGCAAAUUGACAUAAUCAAAAGAUCUCUACGAUCUUGCCUCGUUGAAGAUCAUAGAAAUCGCAGCUUUAAUAGGUCAGAAUAUUCGAAAAAGAAUUUUCUCGAAAGAAGAUUAGAACAAUUUAGAUCUCAAACGAACAAGGCACAUCAGACAAGAUGUUACAAUUCACAUCAAAAUUCACUUUUUUGUCGUCUUACAUGACAAUCAGAAUAAAAAAAAAGAAACUAAGGUGAGGAUAGGAAUAACAAAAUAAAAACGAAAACGGAGUAAACGCACAUCGUCAUGUGCCAAGAUAUAAGGACAAGAGUUCUUACUCAAUCAUAAGUGAACGGGAGAAGCAAGAGAAAAGGGCCAGAAAUAGCCGAAACCGAAGACGUGAUUGGUGCAUAUAUUGCGCCCUGUAAAUACAAUUUUAUAUUACUCUUUUAAAAUCGAAGUAUCCAUGACGCAACUCAAUGACCUCUUUCGAAUAUUUCGUUGGGAAUGAUAAGAGAAAAACGGAAUAGGGGUCGAGGUUAUGAGAUCUCGAAGAGAUUCCCUAACGAAACAUUAUCUUAGAAAAAAUAUUGGAAAAAUCACGGGCCAGAUAGCAAAAAAAUAAGAAAAAUAACGACGAAAUAUCGAUAAAGAAAAAUUUGACGUGCGACAUGGUCCUUCUCGAGCAACACGUAUCACACGAAGCCACGAAUACACACUAUUUUUCUACGUUUUUAAAUGCUAUUCUUUAACCACGCAUUUUUGUACUUGUAUAAAGGCUUUUUUAUAGAAAAAAAUAAAAAAACGUCGCCACCGUUAAAAAAGAA